CUGGCUUGGAUCGUGUGAGAGGAGAGAGCACAUCUGUUUAACUCUUGCAAGGGAAUCAGACAAUCGCGUUAAUAAGGUUGUUUGUGUGACUGCUAAAAAGCCAUGACCCUGAACACCUCUGACUUAGGCUGGGAUGAGUCCUCAGGUGCAGACCUCUUCUCCCCUCUGGACCAACUGGACAGCUCGUCUCCAUAUGAAGUCCCGCCGCUCACAGUGUGGGGCGUGGCUCUGUGUGUAUCAGGAACUAUAAUCGCCACUGAAAAUGCAGUCGUUGUCACCACCAUCCUGGCCACCCCAUCUCUUCGUGCGCCUGUUUUCCUGCUGCUCGCCAGCCUCGGAUUGGCCGAUUUCCUUGCAGGUGUUGCUUUGAUCUUGCACUUUCUCUUCCUGUUCUGCGUAGAGCCCAGUGAUUGGUCAGAAUUGCUGACAUCAGGACUGCUGGUGACAUCCCUGACAGCCUCGCUCUGUAGCCUGAUGGGUGUUGCUUUGGACAGAUACUUGUCACUAAGCCACGCCCUCACCUAUGGCUCAAGCCAAUCUCGCUACAGAGCCACUGUCCUCCUGCUGCUGGUCUGGUUGGGCGCAUGUAUCAUCGGGGCGGGACCUGCAAUGGGAUGGCACUGUCUGGGAGAGCCAAACUCCUGUUCUGUAGCGCGACCGCUGACCCGGACGUACCUAUCGUUGCUGUGUGGUGGCUUCCUGGUGGUUGUCAUGGUAACCCUGCAAUUGUAUGCUGGGAUCUGUCAAGUGGUAAGGCGGCAUGCCCACGCCAUCGCUACCCAGAGGCACUUCCUUCCUGCCAACCACUCAUAUGCAAGCAAACACAGCAGCGGAAGGGGCUUCUCGCGGCUGAUCCUGAUCCUCACUGUGUUUGUCGGCUGCUGGAUGCCUUUCUCCCUCUGGGGGUUGCUAGGAGACGCAUCCAGCCCUCCUCUGUACACCUAUGCCACCUUGGUGCCAGCGGCGGGCAGCUCACUGCUGAACCCGAUACUCUACAGUCUAAGAAACAAAGAUAUUCGAAAGGUGCUGCUCCAGGCCUGCUGCCCGCACAGAUGCACACAAAACACACACAUACACUACCCUGUCGAUGUGUGACUGCCAAAACUCGCCAGACUCAUACCACCACACAAGCUAUGCCAGACAUAUCACUGUUUGAGUGCCAAGAUCCGCACAUGGCUGCAUUGACUAUCAUCCAGAUCCAGUACAUGAAGUCUCUCUCUCACACACACAUACACACUCCCACACAAGCAAGAAGCACUUCUCCGGGAGAUGGAGUCCCUCUGCAAAUCAGAAUGUUCUGCACUAUCCUGGCUGGUAGCCAUUUUGGGACUAAACGUACUGUUUUUUGUGUACUUUGUGCCUCAUCCUCAGUCAAUUGUAGCUCCACUGGCUUCCCAGACUGAAACAAUCAAAAGGGACACUCUGUAUAAUCCCACUCAUGGAAAGUGGAUUUAAUCACCAGUGGCACUUUGAGGAAGGGAUGGAUUUUAAAUGGAGGCCUAUCAGUGGAAUGAAAUGUGAUCCAGUUAUAUUUCCUUGAAUAACGGGAAACACAAUGUUCUAGAUGUUUGAGAUUCUAUUUUGCACAUGCUGUUCAAGGCAGAUUGG